CAGCAUCCACAGCAGCGCCAGGCAACCAAUACAGGAGGAGAGGGGGAUGCUGCAGCGGCGCUUACUACCAAUCAAAUAGCGCUGCUGCUGCUCCCUGCUCCCCCUCCCUCCUCCUCCUUCUCACCUCACACAGCCUGCACCGAGAGGAAGCUGCACGAGGAGCCUGUCAGCGGGGAGAAGGUCUGGAAUCCUCCAGCCCCACUGACGGUCACAGGGACCAUUACCGAGCACCCAGACAGAUUUCCUUUGAUCUCUGCUCUCCUGGACGGCCCUAUUUCUCACAGCAAAAGGGAAGACUCCUAUUGGGACCUGGAUUUUCUGCAAACUAACUUUCCAGAGUCCUGCGCAAGUGCCAGUGACACCCCCCAGGCACCUGCCACCCGAUGCCAGCUGCAGACGUUCACAGAUAUGUGCCAGUCUGACAUGUUCAAUCCACCAUUUAUUUCCUCUGAAGACAGUCAGACAGAUCCUUUGUCCUUUGUCCCUACAACCACAGCAGAGGUUUAUACCAGGCCAGAAGAAAGUAUAGUGACGGUAACUGGGGAAUCAACAAAUCAUGACCAAUCUGGCCACUGCCUAGAGAGUGGUGCUUACAACGUACAAGAGACUAUGGGGUAUGUGUACACCCUGAUGUCUAAGCCAGACCUAAAGUCAACUGUUCUUCCCAGUGACCACUUCUCCAUGUACCCGGUUCCAAUUUUACCAAGGACCUUCUGCCACCAUAUAUACUCACAAUCUACCACCUCAUCUAGCCCUCAAUCAUUUUCAGUACCGGCAAAGGGGAUGAAGAGCAAGAAGAGCAACCGAACAUCAAAGAAAAGCAUCACAUACUAUAGCUGUACUUACUAUGGAUGUGUAAAAUCUUACGCCAAGAGCUCACAUUUGAAAGCACAUAUCCGUACACACACUGGAGAGAGGCCCUAUGUGUGUGAAUGGGAAGGUUGUAGCUGGAAGUUCGCCCGCUCAGACGAGCUAAUUCGACAUAUACGUAAGCACACGGGUGUGCGCCCCUUCCAGUGCCAACUCUGUCAGCGAAGCUUUGCCCGCUCUGACCACCUGGCUUUACACAUGAAAAGACAUGAAUAA